UUACACACAUUACACACAGUACACUACCACUACCAGCCUCUGCCGUCUGCCCGUCUCCCUCCCAAGUCCCAAACUCCCAACUCGCACAGUCGCACAGUCUCCCUCCCAGACUCCCUCCCUCUGCCAGCGGCCCAGCGCCAUUCAUCAAUCAUCACCCUCGACGACAGUCGACCGGCCCAGCCUCCUCACUCCCUCCCUACUCCUCCUCAGCGCCAUUGAAGGGUGGUUCUCGUGAACGGGAGUAUCUGGUGGGAUGAUAGGAUAUUAGGAAGUCGAGGAAAAAUAAUAAUGGAGGCAAGUUUUCAACGAUCUGUUUCGCAGCGACCUAGCCGUAGGGCUGAUCAGGAUGCUGCAUAUCAGAAAGCUAAGGAUCCUGUAGAGGGGUUAUUUUCGCCUGGGAGGUUAUCAACUGAACACCCGAUGAAGAUUUUGUGGAGAAAGGGUUUUGUUCGAUUGUUUCUUGUUGGGGGCAUGAUCUGGAUGACGUUAAUUCUUUUUGUACUAUUAGUCCAUAUAUGGUCAUGUCAAUCUUCAGUAGCUUUCUUUUCAGCUAUGUGUAAUAGAGAGGGUAAAGUUUUUAUAAUGUUGGACUCAAUGGGAUUUGUGCCAAGACCACCACAUCGCUGCACUAUUCCUGUGGCUGAUGAUCCUGAUGCAAUAGUUAUACCCAAGAAGAAGACACCUGAUACAAUCUUGCAAAACUUGACAUAUAUUGUGGAGGAUGAAGAAACAGAUAGUUUCUCAAAUUCAUCCCCUUUGUUUGGAGGGAAUAUAAGCUGGGCACAAAGAGAGGAUAGUUUUAAAUUGAAGCCUACGAUGAAGGUGCAUUGUGGGUUUAUGCGUAAUGGCGGUGGCGACAUGGAUCCUAAAGAUAUAGAGUAUUCCAAGAAGUGUAGAUUUGUAGUUGCAUCUGGCAUCUUUGAUGGAUACGAUACCCCGCAUCAACCUUCUAAUAUCAGUGCUCGAUCACAAAAACUCUUCUGUUUUCUUAUGGUGGUUGAUGAGAAGUCCUUUGACUUCAUCAAGGAAAAUGUCUCCGUAAGAUUAGACCCUGAUGGAGGCCAUUGGGUGGGGAUCUGGCGUCUUGUGCUUCUGAAGCAUCAGCCAUAUGACGAACCAAGAAGAAACGGGAAAGUUCCCAAGAUAUUAGUUCACAGGAUGUUUCCUGAAGCACAAUAUAGCAUAUGGAUCGAUGGAAAAAUGGAACUAAUAGUUGAUCCGCUACUUAUCUUGGAGAGAUACCUAUGGCGUGGCAAGAACACUUAUGCUAUUUCACAGCACAAGCAUCAUCGUAAUGUAUACGAGGAGGCUGAUGCUAACAAACGUAGGAAACGAUAUGCUCGACCUCUUAUUGAUCUUCACAUGAAAAUUUACCGUUAUGAAGGAUUGGAACCUUGGAGUCCAUUGAAAAGAAAUCCAAGUGAUGUUCCGGAAGGAGCAAUUAUCAUUCGUGAACACACUGCAAUGAACAACUUAUUUAGCUGCUUAUGGUUCAAUGAGGUUCAUCUCUUCACGCCAAGGGACCAGUUAAGCUUUGGCUAUGUAGUUUACAGGCUGAAAGAUAACUUCCAGUUUUAUAUGUUUCCUAAUUGUGAAUACAAUUCGUUAUUUGUUUUGCAUCCACACACUCGAGAGCAUUCGUCGAAGGUUGAGUGGGUGAAGUCUUUGAGCGAGUUCAAGAAAAAUAGCGAGUUGAAAGAAAGUCGUGGAGGGUUUGGAUUGUGGACUCCGUACCCUGCUGAUCUUAGUAAUGUUGUCUUGCCUACUGUUGUAAGAACAUCAAAAGCUGGAUGAAAGUGAAAUGCAAUAUGAUUCUGAUUUUUCCUCUUA